AUGGGGCAGUGGGUGACCAGGCUUGUCCCCCUCUUUCUCCUCCUGCUACCCCGGCAAGGCGCUGAGGCCUGUGGCACCAUGGGGUGCUGUUUUCAGGAUCCACCGUAUCCGGAUGCAGACUCAGGCUUAGCUUCGGGCCCCCGGGACCUAAACUGCUACCGGAUACUCAGCAACGCUGGUUAUGAAUGUUCCUGGGAAUAUGAGGGCCCCGCAGCUGGGGUCAGCCACUUCCUGAGAUGCUGCCUCAAGCCUGGGCGCUGUUGCUACUUUGCUGCAGGCUCAGCCACCAAGCUGCAGUUCUCCGACCAGGAUGGCAUAUCCGUGCUCCACGCUGUCACUCUCUGGGUGGAAUCCCGGGCUGCCAACUGGACAGAGAAGUCCCCCAACAUUACCCUGAACCUCUACAGCUCAGUUAAAUACGACCCUCCCCCAGGAAACAUCAAGGUGUCCAGGUCAGCGGGGCAGCUGCUCAUGGAGUGGGAGACCCCAGACCACCAGGAUGGUGCUGAGGUGCAGUUCCGGCACCGGACACCUGGCAGCCCGUGGAAGUGGGGCGACUGUGGACGUCAGGAUGAUGCUGGCUUCGAGUCAUGCCUCUGCCCCUUGGAGAUGGACGCGGUACAGGAAUUCCAGCUGCGGCGACGGCUGAGGCCAGGGGUCCCCAGAGGUCCCUGGAGCAGCUGGAGCAGCCCUGUGUGCAUCCCCCCCGAAACCCCCCCACAGGCCAAGGUGAGGUUCUCGGUGGAGCAGCUCGGCCCGGGUGGGAGGAGGAAGGUCACCUUGCAUGAGCAGCUGCCCCAGCUGGAGCUUCCGGAAGGCUGCCUCGGGCCCGACUCAGGCAUGGAGGUGACCUACCAUGUCCACCUGCAUAUGCUGUCCUGCCCAUGUAAAGCCAAGGCCACGAGGACUCUGCCCCUGCGGAAAAAGCUCAGCCUCUCGGGUGCCGCCUAUGACCUGGUUGUCGUUUCCCGGAAUCGCUUUGGCCUCGGUCCCAACCAGACAUGGCACAUUCCUGCCUAUAUCCACUCAGAACCAGGGGUUCUGAAUAUCAGUACCAGAGCCAACAGGACCACCAUGCAUUGGCCAGCCCGGGCCCAGGGCAUGACAUACUGCAUUGAGUGGCAGCCCCAGGGCCAGGACGAGAGCCUUGCCACCUGCACCCUGACGGCACCCCAGGACCGGGACCCUGAUGGAAUGGCAACGCACAGCUUGAGCCAAGCAUCUGGGGCAAUGCGGCAGAAGGAGUGUUACCGCAUCACUAUCUUUGCCUCGGCACACCCGGAGAAGCCCACCUCGUGGUCCACCGUCUUGUCCACCUACCACUUUGGAGGCAAUGCCUCAGAGGCCGGGAGCCCACAACAUGUGUCUGUAAAGAAACUCAGCCAGGAUUCAGUGUCUGUGGACUGGACACCAUCUCUGCUGAGCACCUGCCCCGGCGUCCUGAAGGAGUACGUUGUGCGCUGCCAGGAUGAGGCCAGCAGCCAAGUAUCCGAGCUGUCAGUGAACGCCACAGAGACCCAGAUCACCCUCCAGGGCCUGCGGGCUGCCACAGCCUACAAGGUGCAGGUUCGAGCAGACACAGCCAAGUGGCGGGGCGCCUGGAGCCAGCCCCUGCGCUUCACCAUCGAAGUCCAGGUUUCUGAGUUGUCCGAUUUGUCCAUCUUCCUUGCAUCUUUUGGGAGCUUCGUGAGCAUCCUUCUCCUGGGAAUCUUUGGGUACCUCGGCUUGAACAGGGCUGUGAGGCACCUGUGCCCACCCCUGCCCACACCUUGUGCCAGCACUGCCGUCGAGUUCUCUGGCAGCCAGGGGAAGCAGGUUUGGCAGUGGACCAGCCCGGCAGACUUCCCAGAGGAGGUGUCCCAGCAAGAGGCCCUGGUGGUGAACAUAUCCUGGGACAAAGGAGAGCGAACUGACGUGGACACAGCUGGGCUUCUCAAGGAGAAGAUGGAGCUGCCUCUGGGUGCCCCUGAGCCAGCCCUGGACACGGAGCUGCCCUUGAAAGACAGGAAAUGGGUGCAGGGAUGCCCUGAGGCUGGGACUCUGGGGCCUGGCUGGAAGGACAGGCUGAAGGACAGCCCUGCCCAGGCAACUGGACUCCCGCUGCUCCUGGGAGACCUAAGGCAGACCCCCAAAUUCCGUUCCCAGGGAGAAACAGAAACAUCUGCCUCCUCUUACAGUUAG